CACGCGCGGAGUAUGAAAACAAGCUAAUCUUGUUCGUUUUUGCUUUAUACAGUAACACGGCAACAUGGUUUGAAAUUGAAUAGAAUUCAAGAUGGAGGAUGUUAGUCUUGUUGCCUCAGACACAGAAGAUGUCACCAGCAGGAUUUUAUGUCGGGAGAAACAGAUGGCAAUGUUAUAUUCUCUUAUGGGAGAGCCAUCCCAGCCAACUUGUCCCUCAGUGUUCAUAUACGGCCAUGGUGCUACUGGUAAAACCCUGGUUGUUUCUACCCUACUCAAGGCCGCGUCCCUUCCCCAUGCGUUUGUCAACUGCAUCGAGUGUCAGACGUCCAGGCAGCUAUUGGACAGCAUUCUGGACCAAGUGGCCAAUCACAAGCCUCAUCCUGAAAACAACUACAGCAGUCUAAAUCGAUGCGAGAACAUGAACACUUUUGUGAGACUGUUGAAAAAGACCAUUGAAGAGAGAGGGAUUGAAAAUCAGACAGUUUAUAUUGUACUUGACAAAGCCGAGCGUCUUCGCAACAUGGACGGCAACCUUCUUCCAGCGUUCCUAAACCUGUCUCAGUUAUCCGGAUGCAACGUCUGCGUGUUCCUUCUGAGCCAGAUUGUCUGGGAGAAGUUUCUGUUUGGGUUCGGCUCCAAUCACUUUGAACCUUUCAUCAUCCACUUUCCAGAUUACACAAAGAGUGAGUUAUUGGAGAUUAUUGCCAGUGACUGCCCCAAGGGUUACUCAGCUGAGUUCUAUUCAUCCUACGUCAACUUACUCAUGAGUAUUUUCUACAUGGUGUGUCGAGACCUCAACGAGAUCAGGCACCUGGCACAGCUCAACUUCCCGAAGUACGUUGAGCCAAUCACCAAAGGAGAGGCAUCCGAGAAGGACUCGCACAAGUUGUGGAGGCACAUCGAGCCGCACUUGAAGAAGGCAUUGCAGACGGUGUAUCUCAGAGAGGUUACAAGUGAGCAAUGGGAGAAGUACCAGCGUGACGAGAUCAGCCAGACAGGCCAGUCUAGUAUCCUGCCUUCAUCAUCUAGGACCCAGAUAGAGCUGCCAUUCUACUCCAAGUACCUCCUGAUUGCCGCCUACCUGGCCUCUUACAACCCCGCCCGCUACGACCGCCGAUUCUUCUCCAAGAACAGCGGCAAGGUCAAGAAGAGCGCUGUGAAUCGAAAGAAAGAAACCAGCCAUCAGCUCCUUGGACCUAGAGCAUUCCCGUUAGACAGACUGAUGGCCAUAUUUUACAGCAUAGUGGACUCCAGGGUGGCACCAACAGCCAAUAUCUUUUCACAGAUUUCCUCACUGGUAACCCUGCAACUGUUAGCACAAGUAGGACAUGAGGACCAGUUGGAUACACCCAAAUACAAGUGCACUGUGUCACUGGAGUUCAUUCGAUCUAUCGCAAGGACCGUAAGCUUUGAUGUCAUCCGCUACUUGUAUGACUUCGUGAAAUGAAAGGCGGUCUGCCAGUUGUCAGUUGACACUACAUGUACAUGUAGUUGGAAGUGACAUGUUUGUAGAUGGCAAGGGCGGAUCCAGACCACAAUUUCUUUGGGGGGGGGGGGCCAAAACAA